UGCAGUUCAUAUUCUCCCUCAGCAUCUCAACAACAAUGGAUUUCAGCCAUCCUUCAGUUUUUCUUCUCUCCUUUUUCCUUUUCCUAUUCCCUUGUCUGAUCUCAUCUCAAAUCUGCCAGAAAAACUGUGGCAAAGAAACUCUCAAGUACCCUUUUGGUAGUGGCCCUGGUUGUGGUGAUCCUCGCUUCCAACCACAUGUCACAUGCAGCCAACAAAAACUCACCUUCACCACUCACACUGGUUCCUACCCUGUUACCUCUAUUGACUAUGCCAACGAGGUCAUAUACAUCUCAGAUCCCACCAUGUCAACAUGCUCUUGCACUGUCCCUAGCAAAGGCUUUGGCUUAAACUGGGACGCCCCUUUCACUUUUGCUGAUAGAACCAUCUUUGCUCUAGUAGACUGUGCAACGAACUCAUCAUCCAUAUGCCAAAAUGGCUACGAUGAUGGAAGCAACUCUAAGCUUCUUUGUGACCAAGGGACACCCAUUUGCAGUCUUCUAUAUUCUUGCAGACCUAUUAGCACCAUCAACCUCCCAAUCUCAACAUGCUGUGUUUACACACCAGUUAAUCUUGGACCAUCGUUUGAAAUGGAUCUGCAGAAGCUGCAAUGUCCUUCCUACACGGGGUUUUACAAUUUCAAUGAUCAACAAUCUGAUCCUGAAAAGUGGAACUAUGGAAUAGCUCUCAAGUACAAGUUCAGUGUAACAAAUGACUAUCCUGGUUCAUGUGAUGCUUGUGAAAGGAGCCAUGGAGUUUGUGGAUAUAAUGCUGCCUUUAACUCAUUUAUCUGCAACUGUCCUAAUGGGAUUAACACCACUACUGACUGUUACUUCAUAUCAUCUUUUAACAGUGGUUUUAGAAAUGGGGUUGCUUGGUUGAUCUAUCCUGCGGUAUGGUCUUUUUUUUGGUUCUUCUUGUAGGUUCAUCUUGACAUAACAAGUAACUUUGCACAAUAUUUCUCAAGGGUUGGGAACUUUGAUGGUUUUAGGGUAUGACUUUCUGGUUAAAUGAAUUUGGCCAUUCAUUUCUUGUGUCCUUUGGUGACAGAUGUGUGCACAUGCAGCUUGUAAUUUGAACCCUCUCAGUUCAUUUAUAUGUGUUCAGAAUUUGGUGAAUGCCAAAUAUUUUAUUUAUGGAAUUUAUAAUAGAUUGUCUGCAUGUCAA